GUAACAUGGCGGCGCCCAUAGUGGAAAGCACGUUGCGACUUCGACGUACGAUUAUAGUGCGAUGAAACUUGUGUGUAUUUCUCUGACAUCUGUGUACCGUGCUUAUAUUCCGUACCGAGAAAAGCCCCCGCUGUGACGAUGAAGUUCGCGUUCAAGUUUUCCAACCUGAUCGGCACGGUGUACCGCAAAGGGAACCUGCUGUUCACGCCGGAUGGAAACACUGUUGUAGCGCCGGUCGGCAACCGACUCUCGCUCUUCGAUCUGCGCAACAACAAGUCAGAAACGCUGCCUAUCGAGAGCCGUUACAACUUUACCGCUGUCGACAUCGCGCCCUCAGGCUUCCUGUUCAUCGCCAUCAACGAAACCGGCGAAGCCCUGCUAUGCAGCCUCGUGUCGCGAACUGUCAUCCACCGACAUCACUUCCGCAAGCCCGUGUCGACGGUAAAGUUCAGUCCCGAUGGCAAAUACUUCGCUGUCGCCAAGGACAACUCUGUCUUUGUGUACCGCACGCCCGGCUACGCCAGACGCGAUUUCACGCCGUUCGCGCUGGAGCGAGUGCUAAAUACGGCCUACGACGCGGUCACGUGCGUUGAGUGGUCCUCCGAUUCGCGCCUUCUCGCUAUCGGCAGCAAGGACAUGUCGGUCCGGGUGACGGCGCUUCACAAGAUGAAGAACUUCGGCAUCAACACCUUGUCCAGCCACAGCGACAUCAUCGUCAACUGCUUCUUCGACAAAGACUCCGCAGAUGUCUUUACUCUCAGCCGAAACGGACAGCUGUGCGUUUGGGACGCGUCUUGCGACUUGUCAGGAUUCGUUAUCGCAGACGACGCGGCCUCGUCGUUGUCGAGCAGACGACGGCGUGCGGCGACGUCAGAGCAUGAGGAAGGUGACGUUGAGGACAAGGCAGGUGACGUCAUACCCGACGAUGACGCCGGAGGUGACGUUGAGGUGGAGAGGGUUCGGUACCACCGAACAGGGAAGCACUUCCUAAAGGAUGCGCUUAAGGUGGAAGGAGGACAGCACAUAAACCUGUUGGCAGCAUGCUACCAUGGUGGAAAUCAUAUGCUGGUCACCGCCUUUUCCAAUGGGUCAUUCCUGCUGCACGAGAUGCCCGACUACAACCUGAUCCAGUCCCUGAAUGUUUCGGACCAUGAAGUCACAGCAGCAUGCUUCAACCCUACGGGUGACUGGAUUGCACUGGGAAGUGGGCGACGGGGACAGUUGGUCGUCUGGGAGUGGCAGUCAGAGUCGUUUGUUCUCAAGCAGCAGGGGCAUGCCAACAACAUGGCUUGCCUCGCAUACUCUCCUGACGGUGCAAAUCUUGUGACUGGAGGAGAUGAUGGCAAGGUGAAGCUGUGGAACACAGGGAACGGCUUCUGUUUUGUGACUUUCACGGACCAUGCCGCCGGAGUGGCUGCGGUGGCCUUCACUCAGAACGGCAAAGCCAUUCUCUCAGCAUCUCUCGAUGGCACCGUUCGCGCCUACGACCUGAAGCGGUACCGCAACUUCAAGACGCUGACGGCUCCGAGGGCUGUCCAGUUUGCAUCUUUGGCUGUUGACACAAGUGGCGAGGUUGUCUGUGCAGGCUCACAGGACACUUUUGAGGUGUUUGUGUGGGCGCUCCAGACGGGUCGUUUACUUGACGUCCUAGCGGGGCACGAGAGCUGCGUCUCCGGUCUCGCAUUUGGUCCUGGAAUGGAGUCUGUCCUGGUCAGUUCAUCCUGGGACAAGACGUGUCGUGUCUGGAACCUAUUUGCGGAAAAAGGCGGUGGUCGAGAGGCCAUUCCGCUGACAGCGGAUGCGCUAACCGUUGAGUUUCGGCCCGACGGAUGCGAGUUUGCCGUGGCGACCCUGGAUGGCGCCAUUGUGUUCUUCGAGCCACAGGGAAGCAGUCAAGUGGGAUGCAUUGAAGGCAAACGUGACUUGUCAAGCGGGCGGCGAGACACGGACAUCAUCACAGCCAAGAGGCUGGCCCAGACACAGGCAUUCACCACCCUCUGUUACUCGGCUGACGGCGAGUGCAUUCUCGCAGCAGGCCGUUCCAAGUUCGUCUGCAUCUACCAUGUCCACGAGCAGCUCUUGCUCAAGAAGUUCGAGGUGACGUGCAACCACUCGCUUGACGCCGUCGACGACUUCAUCAGCCGUCGGAAGAUCACAGAGUUUGGCAACAUGGCGCUCGUCGAAGAGCGUGCUGCCUCGGAGGAAACCGCUCUUUCUUUGCCUGGUGUCAAGAAGGGUGACCUUUCAAGCCGCAGCUUCAAGCCCGAAGUGAAAGUCAGUGCAGUGUCUUUCUCACCGACGGGACGGGCGUGGGCCGCCGCAACCACUGAGGGGGUGCUCGUUUACUCCCUUGACAACGCCCUGGUGUUUGACCCUUUCGAAUUGGAGCAGGGCGUGACACCUGCAACUAUACGGGCAGCGGCGCGAGAGAAGGACUACGUCCGGGCUGUUGUGGCGGCAUUUCGACUCAAUGAAGACGAGUUGACUACGGAGGUCAUCGAGGGCAUUCCCGUUGGACACAUUGACCUCGUGUGCCGGUCGCUGCCACAGGUUUACGUUGAGAAACUGCUCAACUUUGUGGGUGCAAAACUGGAGUCCACCACGCACGUGCACUUCUAUGUCACGUGGAUCGUGACGCUGCUGAAAGGUCACGGCGAGGUGUUGAAGGAGAGGUCACGGAACAUCAUGGCAACAUUGAGGACGGUGACGAAGAAUGUGGGGCUGAGGCACACAGAGCUGUCGAAGGUUUGCGACCACAACAAGUACCUGCUGAGUUACAUUGAGACGCUUCGCAAGUUCAAGGAGAAAGAGGGGAAAGAGGAAGGGAUGUCCGAAGGAGGCAGCGAGGACGAUGAUCUCGAUUCUCAAAUAGACAGUGCAGACGAACUGAUGGUGUCGUGAUUGGAGCUGUGGAAUUCUGAGGUCAUUUCUUGUAAAUAAAUGUUUCAUGAUCACAGCAUUAACAA